UUUCAACUUCCUUUCAUCGACACUAAGAGUCCUGCCAACGCAAUGUCCGUUACUUCAGAGCAAUUGUGCCAGGGACUUAACUGUUCAAAGCCCGCGGCCCUCCAAUGCCCCACAUGUCUAAAGCUUGGUAUUCCUAAUUCAUUCUUCUGUUCACAAUCAUGUUUCAAGGACAAUUGGAUAUCCCACAAGGCCAUUCAUAAGAUUGCUGCUUUAGCCAACGGACCUCCGGCUGAGCAAGGAGGAUCUGACCCAUGGCCAGGUUUCAAGUAUUCUGGUACUUUGAGACCAGUUUAUCCUCUCUCUCCCCGCCGUGCUGUUCCUGAUCACAUUCAAAAGCCUGAUUAUGCCGAGACAGGGAUCCCAGUGUCAGAGCAAAACAUCCGCAGCUCAGCUAUGAUUGAAGUACUCCCUAAGGAGGACAUUGACGUUUUGCGGAAAGUGUGCAAGAUUGCUCGCGAGGUGAUCGACAUUGGAAUUGCAGCAGUUAAAGUAGGUGUGACUACAGAUGAAAUUGACCGUAUUAUUCAUGAGGCCACUAUUGAGCGUGGUGGAUAUCCAUCGCCUCUGAACUACAACGGAUUCAAAAAGUCGUGCUGUACUUCUGUCAAUGAGGUUAUUUGUCAUGGUAUUCCUGACAUGCGUCCCCUCAGAGAUGGAGACAUUGUCAAUCUAGACGUGACCGUCUAUAAGGAUGGCUUUCAUGCUGACUUAAACGAAACUGUCGCUGUUGGCAAUGUGGAUACCACCGGAUUACGCUUGAUCAAGAAUGCUAGGGAAUGUCUCGAGAAAGCAAUUGCAAUGGUUAAGCCCGGUGCAUUAUACAGGGAUCUCGGCAAUGUAAUCGAAAAACAUGCCAAGAGUGAGGGAUUUUCGGUUGUCAAGACGUACUGUGGGCAUGGUAUCCAUCGUCUAUUCCAUUGCGCCCCCAAUAUUCCUCAUUAUGCCCGUAACAAAGCAAUUGGCGUAAUGAAAGUAGGCCACGUGUUUACAAUCGAGCCUAUGAUCAACGAAGGAACAUGGAAGGACGAAAUGUGGCCCGAUAACUGGACUGCUGUAACGCAAGAUGGAAAGCGAUCUGCACAGUUUGAGCAGACUAUGGUCGUUACGGAGACUGGAGUAGAAGUGCUUACAGCUCGCUCUUAGAAUUAAUAGAGUCGCCCACAACUUGUUUGGAUAAUAAAUGUUUAGUACAGUCG